CAUGGUCGAUUCCACGCCGCAAACCGGACAAAGAGCACCGGAUGAUGAUUGGUCGUCAUCAUUCCCGUAUUUAAUUUAUUUUCCAAUUCAACUCUUGCAGAUAGGUAAGCUAUCUCUUCUCUUCUCUUCUUCGCAACCAUGUUCUGAACCCACUCGCCGAAUCGGCUUCUUUCAAUCUCAACACGUAACAACAUGGCCACCACAAGGUCAUCGUCCGAGGACAUCGUCGAUUCCACGCCGCUUCUCGCCAAUUCCGCCGGCUCCUCCGACGACCUCACCUCCGGCCGUCGAUUCGCGCGGCGUCAGCGGCUCCGGCAGGCGGCUCAGUUCCUCAGGCAAGCGAGCGGGCGCCGGAUGAUGCGCGAACCGUCGAUGCUGGUCCGGGAGGCCGCGGCGGAGCAACUGGAGGAGCGGCAGAGCGAUUGGGCGUACUCGAAGCCGGUGGUGGUUCUUGACAUCGUGUGGAACUUGGCGUUCGUGGUUGUGGCGGGGACCGUGCUGGUUUUGAGCGCGAGCGAGGCGCCUGGCAUGCCUCUGAGGUUGUGGAUUGUAGGGUACGCUAUGCAAUGCGUCCUUCACAUGGUUUUCGUUUGCGUCGAAUAUAGGAGGCGGAGGAGGCAGCAACCCGCUGCCGCCUCGUCAGUGCAAGACAGGGUUGGGAGCAGCAGUGGGAAUUUGAGUGUGUCUUCAAGAGAGGGUUCUGCUUCUGCCUCUGCCUCUGCGCAGAAUGUGUUGUUGGGCCAACUCGAUGACGAGAGUACUAGCAGUGUUGCAAAGCAUUUGGAAUCAGCCAAUACAAUGUUUUCAUUUGUUUGGUGGAUUAUUGGAUUCUACUGGGUAUCAGCUGGGGGUCAAGCAUUAGCCCAAGACUCUCCUCAGCUUUACUGGCUAUGUAUAAUCUUCCUGGGUUUUGAUGUUUUCUUUGUCGUUUUCUGUGUUGCACUGGCAUGUAUCAUUGGAAUUGCUGUUUGCUGUUGCCUUCCCUGUAUCAUUGCACUUCUUUAUGCAGUUACAGACCAGGAAGGGGCAUCAAAGGAAGACAUUGAGCAGUUGUCAAAAUUUAAAUUCCGAAGAAUUGAAAGCAAUGAGAAACUUACCGGUACUAUACAAGGACCUGUUGGAGGAAUAAUGACCGAAUGCCAGGCUGAUUCACCUAUUGAACAUGCUCUUGCUGAGGAGGAUGCGGAAUGUUGCAUCUGCCUUUCUUCUUAUGAUGAUGGGGUUGAGCUAAGAGAACUUCCUUGCGGUCACCAUUUUCACUGUGUCUGUGUGGAUAAAUGGCUGUAUAUUAAUGCUACAUGCCCCCUCUGCAAGUAUAACAUCUUAAAAAGUAGCAACCUCAGUCAAGAGGAAGUGUAGAAGAUCGAUGUCAGGAAAGUUUUUGGCGCCCAUGUUGAGGAAUCUGCACACUUUCGAUUCACAGCCAUGUUAAUAUACUUUGAUACAGGCCUAUACAGUUGCUCCUGCUGCCGUUUGCUGUUAUCAUGUAAUGAUAGCUUUUUUGAUUGUUUGUAGUUAUUGUGGCUUCUUACUGGUUGUGUAUAUCAGUGUUGUUCAGUGCAUACCGGCUAUAAUUAUCUCAAGAGGCAAUUUGGUUGUAUUUUUUUUUUGGGUUUUAUUGUCGUCAUCAUUGUUGUUGUAUAUGGACCCAUAAUGUCUUGCUUAAGCCACUGUGGAAUGGUUUAUCAUGUCUCGGUAUAUGUUACCAAAAUAUUUAGCCCAACUGCCUCCAUGCGUUUCACUUGGCAACUUA